AGUCAAUGUCCUUUCCCACUGUUUGUUUUGGGGAAGGGUAGUGGGGAAUACAUUUGUGAAUCUUGGGUCAAUGUGUGACAGAGAAGAAUAGAGGAUAGUUGAAAUCAGUAGGGGUAUGUUUGGAUUGACCCUUGAAUAAUGUAUUAAUGAGCAUUUGAUGUGGAGGGUUUGCUUUUAAUUGUUCAGCGGCCAGGGAAGGAGAGAGAAACUGGAGAGAAAGGGAGGGGGGGUGUCUGAUGUUUCAUGGGGACACUGGUGAAAAUUAAGAGCUUCUUCGUUUUCUCUCUUUCGGUUCUCUGAAGCCCUUUUGCUGCUACAUUUUGUUUUUGGGGGUCUUUUGUGGGGUUUCUGAUUUCUUUUUGGGAUCUGGGUUUUGGGUUCUAGGGUUUGAGUCUUUGGGUUCUGUUCUUUCUCUUGGGGUUUUCUUCCAAUUUGUCCUGGCUUGUGUACUCGUGAAAACGGGGUUGACAGUUUCACCAAUGUUUUGAGUUCUGAAUUGUAAAGUUUUAUGAAUUUUUAGGGUUUUUUUUUUUCCUUUUAUAUGAACUGUUGAAAUUGGUCAUCUGGGUCACUGGAUUUCACUGAUUGAAGCCCAAGAUUUGUGGGUUUUUCUUAUUCUUUUCUUACAUUUCCGGGUUCCCUUUUAUCUGUUUUCAUCUAAAUUGAACCCUCAAUUUUGUGGGGUUUCUACAAAUCUAAAGCUAGGAGUUUUCCUUUUUUUUUUCUUUUGCUUUAUUCUAAUCCAACAAAGAUUAGGGUUUGAAACUGAACCAACUUUGUGGGUUUGUUGGAUGGGCUUAAUUCUUUUGUUCUAGAAAAACUUGGGCUAGUCUUCCUUUCUGGGUUCUUUUUCUCAGUUUGAUUGUAGAGAGAAGCUUUGAUGCAUCUCUCACUAUGGAAACCUAUAUCCCACUGUGCUUCUCUGAUCAUGGACAAAAAGAGCAGAAGAAAAGAUGGGUCUGAUUCAACAGUGGAGAGCAAGCGAAACCCAUCAAUUCUCCGAAAACUGCAAGAGAACAAGCUCAGGGAAGCUCUUGAGGAGGCAUCUGAAGAUGGGUCACUUGUUAAAUCUCAAGACAUGGAUCCCGAGUCACCUGCCAAUCAAGAUGAGGGCUUGGGGCGAUCGAGAUCACUUGCUAGACUCCACAACCAGCGCGAAUUCCUUAGAGCUACAGCCCUGGCGGCAGAGCGAACUUUCGAGUCUGAGGAGUCCAUUCCUGACCUCCAUGAAGCUUUCACCAAGUUUCUCACAAUGUACCCGAAGUACCAAUCCUCAGAGAAGAUAGAUCAUCUGAGGGCUGAUGAGUAUGGGCACCUGGCUCCAAAGGUAUGCCUCGAUUAUUGUGGAUUCGGGCUAUUUUCUUAUAUUCAGACUAUGCAUUAUUGGGAGUCUUCUACAUUUAACUUGUCUGAGAUAACUGCAAAUUUGAGCAAUCAUGCUUUGUAUGGAGGUGCCGAAAAAGGCACUAUGGAACAUGAUAUAAAGACUAGGAUAAUGGAUUAUCUGAACAUCCCUGAGAAUGAGUAUGGCCUCGUUUUUACUGUUAGUAGAGGGUCUGCGUUUAAAUUGCUGGCUGAAUCAUACCCUUUUCAUACAAACAAAAGGUUGUUAACGAUGUUUGAUCAUGAGAGCCAGUCUGUAAGUUGGAUGGCUCAAGCUGCCAAAGAGAAAGGUGCAAAAGUUCACAGUGCAUGGUUUAAAUGGCCAACCCUCAAACUUUGUUCCACUGAUCUUAGAAAGCGAAUUUCACACAAGAAGAAGAGGAAGAAGGAUUCUGCAGCUGGUCUUUUUGUAUUUCCAGUUCAGUCCAGAGUUACUGGUGCUAAGUACUCAUACCAAUGGAUGGCACUUGCACAGCAGAACAAUUGGCAUGUUUUACUUGAUGCUGGGUCAUUGGGUCCCAAGGACAUGGAUUCACUUGGCUUGUCCUUAUUCCGGCCAGAUUUCAUCAUCACAUCUUUUUACAGGGUAUUUGGGUAUGACCCAACUGGUUUCGGAUGCCUGCUCAUUAAGAAAUCUGUGAUGGGAAACCUUCACAAUCAACCCGGGUCUGCUGGGUCUGGAAUGGUGAAAAUAACCCCUGUUUUUCCACAAUAUCUGAGUGAUUCUAUGGAUGGUUUUGAUGGAUUGGGAGGAAUGGAAGAUGAUGAAGUCGGUGGAAAUGGUGAGUUGACCUCUGAAACUCGCAAGGAGUCACCUUUACCUCCUGCCUUUUCUGGUGUGUAUACUUCUGCUCAGGUGAGGGAUGUAUUUGAGACAGAGUUGGAUCAGGAUAACAGCUCUGACAGAGAUGGAGCGAGCACGAUACUUGAAGAAACUGAGAGUAUUUCAGUUGGGGAAGUGAUGAAGAGCCCAGUUUUCAGUGAAGAUGAAUCAUCAGACAACUCAUUCUGGAUUGAUUUGGGGCACAGUCCAUUGGGGUCUGACAAUGCAGGCCAGGUGAACAAACAGAAGUUGGCUUCUCCCCUACCACCCUUUUGGUUUUCUGGCAAAAAGAACCACAAGUGGCUCUCUCCAAAACCAUCAAAGAUAUCUAGCAGUCCAAUAUACGAUGACAGGGAGAUAAAACUAGGGCCAAAGGAAGACCACCAUGUGCUAUCAUUUGACGCUGCUGUUCUAUCAGUUUCACAGGAACUGGACCAUGUUAAGGGGAUACCUGAAGAAGAACAAUUUUCAGAAGCAAACCCUACAUCAAGAAUUAAUGGAAAGGAUUCGGAUCAUCAGCAUAUUCAGGAGAUUCAGGAGGAACCUGAAACUAAGCCUACUCGGUCUAUGUUGAAUUGCACUGUAAAUGGAUCCAGUCUCAACAAGCCAGCUUCCCUCCCCCAAUUUUGUGGCCCAAUGAAUGGCUCAAUCUCUGAAAUUUUCCCAGAGACAAAGGAGAGUGCUAUAAGAAGAGAAACAGAAGGCGAGUUUAGGUUAUUGGGAAGGAGAGAAGGGAAUAGAUUUGCUGGUGGUAGAUUUUUUGGUUUGGAAGAGAAUGAACACUCAAGCAGAGGGAGGCGGGUGUCCUUUAGCAUGGAAGAUAACCGGAAAGAGCGUCUCAGCCAUACUCUGGAGCAAGGAGAAAUAUCUGUAACCAGCUUGGAUGAAGAGUAUUCCAGUGAUGGAGAUUAUGAUGAUGGUCAAGAGUGGGAUAGGAGGGAGCCGGAGAUAAUAUGUCAGCAUAUUAAUCAUGUGAACUUAUUGGGUCUUAGCAAAACCACCUGCCGAUUGCGCUUUUUGAUCAAUUGGCUUGUGACCUCAUUACUUCAACUAAGGUUACCUGGCACAGAAGGAGGUGAAGCAGUACCUCUUGUUCACAUCUACGGGCCAAAAAUUAAGUAUGAACGAGGUGCAGCUGUGGCUUUCAACUUGAGAGACAGAAACAGGGGCCUAAUCAAUCCGGAAGUUGUUCAGAAGUUGGCUGAGAAAGAAGGUAUCUCCCUUGGCAUUGGUUUCCUUAGUCAUAUUCGAAUUUUAGAUAGCCCAAGGCAGCAGAAUCUCGAAGACACCACCCUAUGCAGGCCAAUGGAAAAUGGGCGGCAUGAUGGCAAAAAUGGGUUCAUCCGAGUUGAAGUUGUCACAGCCUCUCUCGGCUUUCUGACCAACUUUGAGGAUGUCUAUAAGUUGUGGGCUUUUGUGGCAAAAUUUCUUAACCCAGCCUUCAUCCAGGAGGGCGGGCUUCCAGCUGUUGCAGAAGACUUGGAGACAUAAAAUUGGAAACAUCUAGAGAUGCUUCUCUCAGUUUGAAGAAGGAUUCUUUUGGAGAUGGAAAAUUAAUCGAGGAUGCAAAUUGGGGAGUCUCAGAGUAGAGAGCAAUGGAAAGGAUGGUAAGCUACUAUUUCCAUGUGGCUCACUUUCUUUUGCUCUUCCUCUAGGCUCUUCUUGCUAGUGGGUGAAUUUUGACUAUUCAUGUUUUCAAUUGCUUGGUUGUUUUUACCUUUUCUUUUUUUAUUUCCUCUUCCCCUUUUUACCUUCUGGGUCCUUGUAGAGUUGGGUUUAGAAAUUUGUACCAUCUCAGGUAGUCAAUGUAACCGAAGCAGAAUUAUAUGGGCACAGCCUUAUCACAUUACAAUCUGCUUUGCUCUGUAAUCUCCCGCUGCUGUAUAAAAUUCCAGCCUAUCUUACCUGA